AUGUUCAAUCAAACUGACUGCGAAGCCUCUCUACUAAGCGAAACGAAAUUCCCAGAUAUCACAGAAGCCUGUAAUGUGACUCAACGUAAGCAACGUCACAGAAAAGAACAAGGCGCCCAGAUUCCAGUGGAUAUUAUCUAUCAAGAGAGACUGAAGGUUACGAUUAGAGGUAACGUCGAAGGACAGCAUGAGUCAAGUAGAUACGAAAUAGGAUUGGAAAUCAGCCUCAAGGUAUUUUUCUUUCUUCAUUCUCAAGCUAAUCAUUAUCCAUUCAGUCAAAAGCCAAUAAAUGACCACCAUUAUGUCAGGUGGAUGAAUCCUGUUACCUAAUUAAACACCAGAUAAAACAGUACCAGAUUUUCAUCUGAUAUGAAACAUGUUUUGCAUCUGGGAUCAAACACUUGCAUUUUAAUGAGGUGUUUUAUUGAUUAACAUAACUCAUGGAAAGAAUGAAAUACCAGACACAACAUGUCACCUCAUAAUUUCUAAUUGUUUCAUUUUAGAAGACAUGUCAAAAACACAGGCUUCGUGCUUCAUCACGGGUUCCUCGGUGUUUGGAACUAUUGCUGAAGCAUCCCCUUGUUUUUUGACAUUUUACAUAAAUCACUAGGGAUCAUUUGAAAUACUCCUUACAAUUACCAUGCUACAUCUUACAAAAAAAUUCCGAGUUUUGUGAUGAAAACUACUUUAAUUAUGUGUGUAUCGUGUUUCUCAUUUUAUAUAGAAUCGACGUCGCACCACCAAACAGUACAAUAUACUAACCAGAUUGAAAGGACAUGGAAGCAUCAAGGCUCUUUACUGUUUGUUGCCGAGUGUAUGCGGUGCUAAAACAGGUAACAGACAACCACUGCAGAUUUUCCAAAGGACACGCAACCGAAAUUUUCUGUUUAAGGUGGCUGAACACAGUUUUGGCAGUUUGUGAGUAUAUGUCAUUUGUCAACUCAUGGCAUAUAUUGAUGAAAGAUUUUGAUUGACAGGAAAAAUUUGACGUUUUUGUAGUUUCAUGGCAACAUGAACGAUUGAAUACAACCUUAAAAUUUCACUUUUGCUCUGUUUACAUAAAAUUCACUCAUUAGAUUUUCCUAUAAACUUGCACACAGCUUACUAUAAUUAAUCAUUACCGUUUGAAACUUAUUUGACCAAAUUUAACAAACGGGUUUUAGAUAAUCAAUGAAUAGUAUAAUUGUAGUGUAAUUAUUAAAUGUGUCAAAAAAUCAUCUGUCAACUUCCAUUUUAAAGUUCUCAUUAUCUAAAAUACGUUAAAAGUAAAAAUUCUGCUAAAUAUCACAAGAUUUUAAUGAGUAGAUUUUGAGAAAUCUUCUUCUGUGUAACAUUGCUUUUUUCGCCAUGUAAGUUUUGUCUAAUUUAAAACACGCGCCGUCACGCGAGUUACCGCUGACCGCCUGCAAAACUGUGUUUAGCCACCUCCGCCUGCGCGUUGAGCCCACUUGAAUUGAUGGUAAUGCACGACCGACCGUCCACCGUCGUUUAGCCAAACAUGAAACUGAUUCAAGACACGCUAUGUCACUCUUUUAUGAAGUGAUAUAUGCGUUCUAUAUAACAAGUCAAUUUUAUUUGCAGCUGUCAAAAUGAGGUAUUCGAUAGGAAACGUGUCAGGCGCCAAGAUGGAAAAUGUUGUUUGUUUUUAGUUGUUGUUGUUGUCGUUUUUUUCCCUCACAUUUUUCAAUUAGUCAUCAGUACAAACUCAUACUAGCUGAGCUUAUUUCAAUGCUUUUACUCUAUCCAGCCUAGAAUCUAAGUUCGUUCAAAACCCAGUCAAGCCAUGCGGGAGAAAACAUCGAGUGACAAUACUUAAUGACGUCAUUGUCUUGAUCUCUGUCACAGAUUCAUGCGCAUGCUCAAUACAAGAAGUUUCCACCACUCUUGGCCCUGAAUUAACGCCUAGGCUCCCCGAAGAAGGUAGAAACGAAAGAAGAACAGUAAAGAGAAACACCGUGGGAUUUUGUUUUGUGCUGCUCUUUCUGGUAUUAGAGAUGUUGGUUUGUGUUAUUUUGCCUCUUAUUGUUGCAAAAUCAAAAUACAGGUAACAAAAACACUUCUUGCCCGUAAUUUGAACAUGCAUAUUCUCAUUUGCUUCUCUUGAUACAUUUUCUAUGGUACUGUUGAGGAGAAGUUGUUAGGCAAUCAACCCUUUUACUUAGUGAUCGUUUUCUUUAAACUUAACUGUUAGUCAAUCUUAGCGUUUUCUUCAUGAGCAUUUCAUCUAUUGUUGCUCUAAGCGAGGCCAUUUCCGAGUUCCAAAAAAUCUCACUUUUUAGUCGAGGCUACAUGCAAAACCUUCCUUGUGAUAAUGAGUUUUAUUUGCAAGAGAUAAAAAAAAUUCAUGUCAAUGGCGUUACACUAACUCUCGUUUUGAAACAGAGGCAUGGAGCAGCUUUUGCAAUGUUGUUGCUCUUAAUUUUCGCCCGUCGUUUCUCUUGGUCACGUGGUCUGUGUGACGACUAGGGUACCACUGAGGAGAAUUUAUUAAACAAUCAACCCUUCUCGUUUUUUUCAUUAGACUUGUUCGUUACCAAAAAGCCGCGAGGCGCUGAGUACGAGAGUGCUUGUUGAUGCACGAUACAUUAGCGACCUUAAGAUUGAAGGAGGAGGACGACUACAAGAAAGAGAUUUGACGUAAAGUCUUUUUUAGCUUCUCGUCAAAAAUAAAAGACACACCAGUAAGCUUCAUUGUCCGUCUUUUCCACUAGGAACGUUAGCAUAGUUAUUUUAAUUGAGGGGGGUUAAGCACUUGACAACUUGCUUUUGUCAAAACGACAUUUUCGCUAAAACCCGUAGUAAAAUGACAACGUUUAUCAUGUUUUCCCGCCAAAAUGAAGCGGGUUCACGCGCGAGCGCACUGCUAAGUAUUGGGAAAAUCUAGUCCUCGUAGUCGUCUUCGUAUCCUUGCUUACACAGUGUAGUAGUUGCUGCAAAAAGUAGUAAGUAAUUCUACUACUCUAGAAGGUCUUACUUAUCCAGUUUCCAAAAGCUAACUAUGAGUUGUUUAAACUUUACAGACGAAAUUCAUCAGUUGAAGUCGAAAACUCUGCAAGUACGUAUGAAAAAACUAGUCAUUUUUAUACGAAAAUAUUUCACUUUUUUUUUUCUUACCGGCGAGACACUGUUUCUCUGACGUAUCAGAAACAUUAAGGGCCAGUUAUUUAAACGGGGUUUAGCCAGUGCUUAAGAAAACCGCGUUCUAAGCCUUUUUUACCUUGCCCAACGCUUUCAUCUUAACACCAUUUAUCGUGGACAGCUUCAUGAAAGCUUAGGGCCUAGGCUGGAAAAUCACUUUUUUUCUUAAAAUAACCCACUAAGGAAUAUAUCUGGAGGUCCAGAGAUUUGCUAAACCGCGGCCUAAGUUAGACUUCCGUUUAAAUAACCACCCUUAAAUUUUUCCACAGGUAAUCCUUCGUAUCAGAUUGGCCCUCAACUCCUUCCCUCAUCUUAUUCAUCCCCACAGCAAGACGCUGAUCAAGAAUCUUAUCAACCCCCCUACCAGCCCCUGGUAGAGAACACUAGGGCACCAGGGGGGAAUACUGGGUAUCUCAGGCCAGUAGCUGAACGCGGAGAGGCCUCUCGCUUGGUCGCAACCGAUCCAGCGUCCUACCAAGAUCUCGACCAAAGCGAGCAGCGAGAGCAUGGGUGCCAGAAAAGUUUGACUCAAGUAGAAGAGACCAGAGAACCAUUCUAUCACGUUCCCGAGAAAAGUGCCGCAAAAGAGGGGAUCCGAAGUACUUCGGGAACCCUCCGAGAUCCUAUGUACUAUGUCGUAAAAGAACUCAAAAGUGUAAACGCGAAUGCUUGUGACAAGUUCCCCUCUGAGAAUUCCGUUAAAGAACCCAUUUAUUGGGUGCUCGAGGACCCAAGAGAAAUUGAAGAAAAAAACACAAAGACGACAAGUUUUGAAGUUUUAUUUCAAGAAUUUUGGAAAUGA